GUCGAACUUGCCCUGAAAACAAGCUCUGCGCUAAGUGACUUUGGGAACUCCGGAGGAGCAUGGACUUCAGCUUCGCCCCGAGACGCGCUAACACGACCUGACCCGCCAACGCAGUCUCGCAACUCCUCACAGCAAAACGAGGUGAGCCUUUUCCAGGGAGAGGGAUUUCUUUCAGCAUUCCUAAUGGAGUCCUACAAAGUCAGUGGCCUUCCAAACACUGGAUUACAGCAGAGCUACACUCAGCCUACCCGUGCGAGAGGCCAAAAUAGCGGCACCUAUGGCCUCAGCAUCAGAGUGCAAGGCAUAGAUGGACAUCCUUAUGUGGUUCUGAAUAAUCAGGACAGAGGGUCCAACCCUUAUGCAGCCCCCAGCAAUAAUGGGUACAAUGACUCUGAAGGGUCCUUUAUCGACAACUAUCAGGACUAUGACUUUAGAGGAAACAGGGAGAAUCUGUCCAGCAACCCGUUUGCAGAAUAUAGAGCCCAGAAUCAAAGGCAACAUGUCAGCCCUCUCAAUGGUAUCUCUGAGCCCAAAGAGACCCAGGCAAAGAAGACACCUUCUCUGCUAAACUUCCAGAAGCAUCCCGAGAUCCUCAAGCCUUAUGACCCAGAGAGCAACACUCUUGAUAAUUUCCAUAGUGCCCCACCCCAACCUCUCUCUGCUGCUGAGACUAAAACCCUCUAUCCAGGUUCCCUGCCCAGGACAACCUCUACCGCCCUUACUCAUGCCAGAUCCUCCCAAGACCAACCCAAAGGCCCAGAUCCACCAGCACAGGAUGCAAGCAAACAGGCUCAGCCACAGGCUCUUCGUCAAAUGUUCCCAUCCAAAGUCCAGCCUCAAACGGGUUCGACAAAAGCCCAACCCCACACUCAACCUCUUCCUAAACCUAGAACCCAAACGCAACCCCAGGUCAACGUCCAAUCUCAUCCCCAAGUUAAGCCUCCAUCCCCUUCCCAGCCUCACCAGCGCCUACCGGUUCCUCAGGCAUCUACCAGUGUGCCCACUGAACAGCCUUCUUGUAGAACCCCAAGCACAGCUAGCAGCACAAACUCCAGCUUGGAACGAAGUCGUAGAGAGCCUGACAUCCUUCCCUUGCGAAGAACUGACUCCAGCGGCCCUGUGCUUCAGUCAUCGCGCUCCCGCCAUUCCUCCAUGUCCUCGACUACACCAACCAAGGAAGAGCAGCUGGAGGCACUGUAUGCAGACACCAUAAACCGCCACGAGAACCGUCGCUACAUCCCCUUCUUGCCAGGAACUGGCCGAGAUAUUGACACUGGGUCCAUUCCAGGCGUGGAUGAGCUCAUCAGUAAAUUUGAUGGUAAAGAGGUCCAACAGAGGAGAGGACGGACAGGCCGAAGAAAUCGAAUCAACCCGGAAGACCGCAAGCGCUCCCGUAGCGUGGACAGCGCCUUGCCCUUUGGCCUGCAGGGUGAUGCAGACUACCUGGAUAAAGUGAGCCGAAACCGAGGCAGGUCCACUGAGCAUCUUCUAAAGCCAUCACAGCUUCUGCAGAAGUCCCCCAUGUCCCCACCAUCCACUUUUGGACGCAGAUCAGCUUUCAGAAAUGUGGCACGGAUCAGCAGUGCACCCGGAUCUCCACAAGGUACAGUGUCCAGUGCCACAGCUUCUAUUGUAGGCUUUAAGAAGCCCCUUUCUCGGCCCUCCAUUCUGCCUGUGGAGAACAAGGGAGAGAACAUAACACCAAGCACAAGGACUCUGACCAGUGUGGCUACAGCGUCCUUGUCUAGGCCAGUUCCAAAUAACAGUAAGAAGACAACCACAGAGGUGGACGCCGAGGUAAGAAAGAUGACACCUGAUCUUCUCAAAGGUCAACAAGAGCUGUCACAACAAACACACGAAGAGACUGCCAAGCAGAUUUUGUUCAAUUACCUCAAAGAUGGAAGCAAUGAUAGCGACGACACCACCAAGAGGAAGGUCAACCUGGUGUUUGAAAAGAUCCAGACGCUGAAGUCCCGGGCUGCGGGGACUGUGCAGGCGGACAACAAAUCUCCAGACCUCGCGGCCCAAGCUAAAGCCCUGCAGGAGCAAAGAGCAGAACUGGAAAAAGAGGUUUCUCAUCUUAAAAAGCAACUGGAGGAAGAAAGCAAGAAGCAGAAGAGUCUGAGUGAAGCUCAGGAGAAGGCUGGUGCUGGACUUAAAGACCUGCAGAAGGAACUGGAGCUGAGUCAAGCCGAAUGCAGCAAACUGAAGGACAAACUGGCCAAAACGGAGGCCGACCUGCGCACCACGCUGGAGGAGCUCUUCCAGGUGAAGAUGGAGAGAGAGCAGUAUCAGACAGAAAUCAGGGACCUGCAGGACCAGCUUUCAGAAAUGCAUGACGAGUUGGACGGAGCCAAGCAGUCGCAGUCGGACAGCGCAGAGAAAGAGUCCAUGAUGGAGGACCUGGUGCAGCUGAAACUGGAUCUACAGGAUGUGCUGCUGGCUAAAGAGGAGCAGGAGGAGGUGCUGAGGAGGCGCGAGAGGGAGCUGACCGCUCUGAAAGGAGCGCUGAAGGAGGAGGUGUCCACUCAUGACCAGGAGGUGGACAAACUGAGGGAGCAGUACGAGAAAGAGCUGCGGAAACUACAUGCAUCUGUGGAGGAGGCUAAACAGAGUAAAGUAGUGGUGUGUAAGGAGAAGGCGGAGGUGGAUGCAGCCCGGGGGGCAGCGGAGGGCCAGGUGGGCCGUCUGUCUCAGGAAGUGGAGCGAUUGAAGAAAAGAGCGCAGGAGCUGGAGAACGAGGUAGCCAAACUGAACCGCAUUAUCGAUGAAGCCAAGCUGCAGGAAAACAGACUGGGAGAGAGAACCAGCCGCCUGGAGAAAGAGAAGAAGCAGCUGGAGGAGUCACUGGCCGAGGUCAGAGAAGAAGAAGAAGAAAUGAGUCGGGCAAACCGAGCACUGACCGCACGCCUGGAGGACGUUCAGAGAAAUCUGACCAAGAUGACGCACGAGCACAGAGAGCUGGAGGAGAGACUAAAGGAGGAGAGGAGCCAAAAAGAGAAGUUCAAAAGCACGAAGAAUGAGAUUGAGGAGGAGAGACGGUUGCUGGACCGGACUGUGGAGAAACUCCAGAGGGAGAUGAGUGAGAUCGUGGAGGCGUCUCAGAGCUCCACGCAGGAGCUGCAGGAGCAGAUAGAUGCGUACAAGGAGAAGAACAGGAGGGAGCUGGCCGAGCUCCAGAAGCAGCUGAGAGACGGAGGAGUGGAGCUGGAGAAAUCUCGCCUCGCCGCCAAAUCCCUGCAGGAGGAGCUUGCUCAGCUGGAAGAGGACCUGCGGCAGUGUAAGAGCGAGAAAGAUGAAGCAGAGCAGAGAGCGAAGGCUCUGGAGAAGAAGGUCUUUGAGCUGGAAGUGGACGCAGACACCAAAGUCCAGAGCAAUGACAAAUCCAGACAGAUCAAACUCCUGGAGGAUCGUAUCUCUCAGCUGGAGAUGGAUCUGGACGAGGAGAGGCAGAAUGGGGACCUGCUGAUGGACAGAAUAGACCGAAGCAGAGAGCAGGUGGAGCAGUUGAGGAACGAGUUGCUGCAGGAGAGAGCCAGCAAGCAGGACCUGGAGUGUGACAAGAUAGCCCUGGACAGACAGAAUAAAGAUCUGAAGAGUAGGAUAGCUCAUCUGGAGAAUUCGCAGAAGUCCAGUAAGGAGGGGCUGGUGGCCCAGCUGGAGAGCAGAAUCCAGGAGCUGGAGGAGAGACUGGAAGGAGAAGAGAGAGAACGUGCCAACCUGCAGUUGGUGAACCGGAGGUUAGAGCGUAAAGUGAAGGAGAUGAUGAUGCAGAUGGAUGAAGAGCAGCACUCGCUGCAGGAUCAGAAAGACCAGCUGAACCUGCGUCUAAAAGCCCUGAAGAGGCAGAUGGAUGAGGCAGAGGAGGAGAUUGACCGGCUUGAGCAUGGAAAGAAGAAACUGCAGAGAGACCUGGAGGAGCAACAGGAGGCCAACGAGCAGCUCCAGAAUCAGCUCAAAGCACUGCGCAGUGAGAUGAGACGAAAGAGCAACUCUGCCCCCCUCCUUAACAACCUGGAUGAUGACGAUGAUGAUGAUGACAUCAGCACCGAUGGAGAAACCUACUUCAGUUCAUCUUCUGGAUAUAAGCGCUCCAGCAGUCAGGACGCCAUCAUCUCCACAUUCUCUCUCUGAGAGUUAGACUGAGCUGUCUUCCCUCUUCCUAACGCAGUAAUGAACACACUUCCAUCCGUCUCAUCUCCGGCUCUUUGGCCCGAAAGCGCACUGCAGUGGAAACAUUCCUAAUGCCUUUGAUUUUGAACAAAAGAAACAAAAAGCCUUUAUUUUUUCAGUAGUUUUUGUAUCCUGUAUUGUCUCUCACAUUAUAUGACCUCUGAUUUUAUUCUACACCAGUGUUUUAAUGUAAUGUUACAUUUUUGCAAGUGCAUUUUUAAGAGUUUAAAAAAAAAAUCUUCCUUUUGAAGCUCCAGUUCAAUCAAACAUUGUGAUGGCGAUGAUAACGAUGCAACAGAUUGUGUAAUUUAUUAAUCACUGAAAAUAUGAAGGAAUGGCAUAUUGAAGGGCACUAAUUACUCUAUCAAGGGAAAUUUGCAUGAGGGAUUACCCGAAUCUUUUUUUUUUCUUUUUGUAUAAAGGUAUAAAGGUUUGUCCGCUACGCAGUUCCUUUGUUCUAUAUGCAAAGCAACUUAGCAAAGCAGUUUUUUAUGUUAUGUAAAAGCUCCUCUCUCCCUAAAUGGACAGUCCCAUGUUACACAAUGCUGCUUGGCUUCAUUUCAUGUUUGUUUUUGUUUUUUUUUAAGUUUCCUGUUAAUGACCUGUUGACCUUUUUCCGAGCUGAGAGUGCACAGCACACUCAUGGAAUGAUAUAAAUAAAUAAAAACCCACAUACUUAAGUGAGGUUACAACAAACCAGACUGUGUUACAGAGUGGGAGGCAGUUUGUUUCUGAGACUCAAAACAGUGUUAAUGGCCAAGUAUGAGUGGGCCUUGCUGGACUAUACAGUCUCUCUCAGUGUUGUCACAUGCUCAGUCUUAAUUAAAGGAAUACUCCAGUGUUUUUUCGACCUAGUCUGUGUCUGCUGUAUCAGUAGUGUACAGUCGAUCAUGAUAGAUGAUAGUUGUCAUGUUUUCCUGUAUUUACGAAAAGAACAGAAAACCCGAACGCUCAAAAGUUCCCUUAUACGAGAAGCCUGUGGGGCGGUAGUCUUGCUGGGCCAGAUGAGAUCUCUUAAAGACAUUUUUUUUUUAAACUUCUAGUGCUGGACUGCAGUGAAAAUAGGGCUACAUCCCCUCUAAAACCCACUCACUACAAUUAAAAAUUCCACCUGAGGGGCACAAUCAUAAACAAUAUCCAAAUAAAGUGUUACCUGUUUAUUUGGAAUGCUUGGGGACUUUUAAGCUCUGCUAAUUUGCGUUACAUGCAUUGGGCAAUGGCAGGCUUAUUGAUGAGCACAUCAUCGCACCCAGUUUUCAGAUCCACCUUCAUGAGGCUUUGGAUCGGUUGAAAUUUCACAAUCAGUUUGUUCCCACCCUAAUAAGUCUACGUUCCCACCCACCUUUAGCUCAAAAUGUCCAAUGGUUAUAACCAGAUGUCCUCAUAACGAGGUUUUGUCUGGCCCCAUGGUCUUAGAGCUGAAGCAACUGCCCAUUCGCUUCUAUUAUAAGCUUGUUUGGAGCCUGGGGAUCUUCUCUUCUUUUCUUUGUACAAUGAAAUUUGCUUAAAUGUUGGCUUGUUCCUUUAAACUGCGUGUUUAUAUGUAUUUCUACAGUCUACAGAUUCUGCAUUUUGUGUCGAAGCCUGGGAUGUGUUCAGUGUGGCAGGCGUGUCAUAUUGUCAAGCCAACUCAACCAGAAGUACGGCCAGUACAGAACCCUCAUUCUUAGUCAGAACAGUUUGUAUAUGUGGAUAAUUGACCACAAAGAGUGUGAUGUUGACUCUAUAGCUUCACAUCAUGAACAGCAUCCAUUAGCAUUCUUUCUUUUUUUGUCCUCUAAAUUUGCAUAUGUCCUCAUUCUGUGAUUAUUCACUGAACAGUCCUGUGACUUCAUGCUAGAGUUUUAGGUUUUUUUUCCUGAAAGGAAGUGUAUGGGUUGGUUUCUUAGACGUGUCCCAUCUAAAUCUCCUGACUCUGGUCCUGUGGCCUUCAGACCUUCGUUCUGUGAUGUUCGCUGAAGUGCUCAAUGACAUCACGGCGAAUCUGUGAGGCUAUAUGACUGCAAGCGUUUAAGAAACGCUAAUGAGAUUAGACACAUUUGCGCAUGAAUUGUGUACUUUGAUAUUUUUUGCUUGUUUUUGUACAUUUUGUCAUUUCUAUUGAUUAAUUUUUUUGGAACUUCUCAUGUUUCAUUUGUCUCCAUCCAUUUGAUUUGCUAUGAAGUCCCCAAGUCCAAAGAAGACCAGAGAUUUAGAUUGGGCAGUGGAUUAACCUUAGUCCUAGACUACAUUGCUAUUCACACAGCUGUUCUCCAAUCCUGUUUUACCAUUAAAACCCAUAUUCAGUUUUAAUCUGUCUUUCAAACCAGCUGUAUGAGUACAUGCCUGAGUCCUGGCCCCAUUCACUUGACUUAAAAUAUGAUUACAGCCAAAGGUUUUGUGUUUUUUUUUUAAUGAUCUUUAUGAUCUAUUUGUUUUAGUAUGAUUUUAAUAUGGAUUUGUGCCUCAGCAGCUGUGCCUCCUUUAAUUCGUCCCAGAGCAUGUUAAACUCUUCUGCUUGAGUUGGUUUGCCUGUGGCCUGCUAUACAUAUUCAACAUAUAACUAUAACCGUCCUUUUGUAUGCAAGUUUUGUAUGUUGCUGUGUUGACAAUCAACUUUUUUUGUUUAUUUUGGGUUUCCAAAAAUACACUGUGAUUAUUUGCACUGUAAGUUGAAUUGAACCUCUUUUGUGGCUUAAAGAAACAUUCCACUGUAAAAUCCCUGUGAUUUCUCACUCAGCAAAAAGGAAUUCCGCCAGCGUUCCUCAGGCUCUCUGUAGUUGCACUAAAAGUUAAAAGAAACGCCUUAUCUUUUUACUAAGGCAGGCAUUCGUUUAUCCCAAAGUCAGUAAAGUAUGUGGCCGCUAAUUCACCGCUCGCUGACUCUGCUUAACUAUAGAGUCCUGAAGGAACACCAAAUUCCUCUGAGUGGAAUUCACUGUAAGGUAUUGCAGCCUAAAUUAUAGCAUUGCUGUCAUAUCAAAGCCCUGCAUCUCCAUUUGUAUUUUUUUUUGUUUAGUUUUUUUACUUUUUUUUUUGGAAAAACACCAGCUGGCCUUUGUAUUGCGUUAUGGCCAUACAAUAUAAAACAGUCCAAAACACAGAUUAAAGUUGAGUUUUUUGCCUUCAUCUAUAAAGUUAUCAUUUAUAAGAUACAGGGUUUUGUUUUGACAGCAAAACAUUCCUUUAAUGUUGCCAUGUUAACGGCCAAAAAACCACUGGAGUCUUUUUGGUGAGGAGCACAGAAAGAAUCCUGCCACUACCUCUCUGUAUGCGUUUAUACUGCUUGAACAAACCACCUGGAAAAAUGAAAUAAAGUUCCCCAUAGUUAAUCUCAUA